AUGGCCGAAUUAUACACAACCCCAGCACCAUUUUAUUAUGACAAGAAAUCAGGAUUAACACAAGACGAAUUUAAGAAAGCUAUAGAAAAAUCAUCCACUAUCUAUGUUGGUUAUUUAUCUUUUUAUACAACCGAGGAACAGCUAUAUGAAUUAUUUUCAAAAUGCGGUGAAAUUAAAAGAAUUAUUAUGGGUUUAGAUAGAAAUCAAAAAACUCCAUGUGGUUUUUGUUUUGUAGAAUAUUAUUCAAAAGAAGAUGCAGCAGAUUGUAUAAAAUAUAUUAAUGGUAGCAAAUUAGACGAAAGAUUGAUUCGUUGUGAUUGGGAUUAUGGUUUCCGUGAAGGUAGACAAUAUGGUCGUGGUUUAAGUGGUGGUCAAGUUAGAGAUGAAUAUAGAACCGAUUAUGAUCCAGGCAGAGGUGGCUAUGGUAAACAAAGAUUAUUUGAAAUGGAACAAUAUAACGAUGUUGACAUUACAUACCAACAACAAAUUCUUCAAACAAUGCAACCACAACAAUUCUCUGGUAAAAGAUCGCGUGACAACGAUGAUGGCGAUUCAUUCAAAAAACAAAGAGACAAUAAUAAUAAUAGUAAUACACCAAAUAAAAAUAGAUAUAGAGAAAGAGACGAAGAAAAUGAUGAAUAA